AUGGAACCGAAACAUCAACCGCCACCCGGCUUGGAUAGCUUACCAGCGGAGAUAUUUAAUUCAGUGGCCGAGUCCCUCUCACGUGCUGACCUCCGCGCACUAUGUCUCGUGAAUAAAAUUGUUCGCACAUUCACUGGGCCACUCCUCUACUCGAAGAUCGUAUGGAUCUGGGAAGACUCUAAAUCUGCUCCCCCAAUCACCCAACUUUUGCGGACACUGGUUUGCAGACCUCAGUUGUCUAGCUAUAUUACAAGUCUCCACCUCGGAGGCCAUGUCGGGUCUCUGGGUGCGAGCCACUACGGAGAUUCCAGGGUCCCUAAUUUCAGCAUCGAUAUGGAUAGACUAAUUGCAUUUAUCCAGGGAACCAGAGUCCGCUUCAGUGACGUGUGGAUAAAAGGAGUGUCCCAAGUGAGUUUAUUGGCAUGUUAUUGCGUUCAGCAAUUUAUGAGCCUGCAGAUCAUCUUGCUACCGGAUUUUCGGCAUCUUCAAAAGGUUUACUUUCGCCCCACGCUUAACGGCCACUAUAGGAACGACAAAAGUGUCAAAAAUACAGAAGAUGUUUUGCCGUUCUCUUAUUUGCCAACCGUUGAAAAAAUGAAAGUUGCCAUUCAAACUCCGGUUCAUUUCACCGAAAAUGCAGCACGCCCACCCGUUCCGUCGAGGCUGAAAGCACUUGAUUUGACUGCAAUCCGGGAGUUAUAUCUAUGCAAAGUGCUUUCAAUCAGCAAAAGUGUUACAAAUCUUCGCUGGGAAAUGUACUACGACUCUGGGAUUGAGGAUGAGGUUAAUCCCCCCAUCGUCGAUCUUGAUUCUCUUGGUGCUGCGAUAUCUCAUGUUCGGGAUACUUUGGAGGAUUUGACCUUGAUCGGUUCUGUUGACCUUGGAGGGGGCGAUCAAUUUGAUCCCGCUGUUCAGAUCAAGGGAUCGCUUCAUGCUUUGGUCUCUAUGCAUAAGCUCUCGAGACUUCAAAUCCCAUUAGCAUUUCUGGUAGGAUUUACCGAAGACAUAACGAAGCGAGUCCAGGAAAUGAUCCCAAAGAACGUCGAAUUUGUCACCCUCACGUACGACAUGAGAAAUCAGAAUCUAGAUUCAAUCAGCGCACCCCAUUUGCCUGUGUGGGACUGGACGGACCAUGCCGUCUUCGGCCUCAUUCACUCAUGGAUUCAAGAUUGGAAGACGUGCACUCCAAACCUUCGGGGCAUUACUUUAGGGCUCUGGGAAUUGGAUCCUGGUGAAUGGUGUACUGACAUGAGGGACCAGCUCAGGGAUUUAUGUGCUCAAGCUGGUGUUGACCUUGCGAUAUAUGAGGAAACUGAAAUUUAA